AUGUCUCAGGUCACCUCGCCGCAUGCUCCUAGAGACUGCCCUCCCGUAGCUAUGGACAGUAACAAGGAGGCCCAUCCUUUGGCCUUCGUCAAGCCGACCAUCCCUCCAUUGGAAAUUCCUUCCGCGGAGGUUCUGGAUGACUCUGAGGACGAGAAUCUGUUCCCGUGGGAGGUGGAGAAGAGCCCCUCCAUUUGUUUUGUUUACUUGAUGGAUUCGAGUUACAAGCAGGAAGCUCAGCUGCUGCUGAUGGUUGUAUGGCCCUUGUUAGUGGUGCUCUCGCUGGUAAAGCUCGUCUUAGGCUUCUUGGGGGCCUUCCGGUACCUAACGGCCGCUGCGCAUCCGACAGGGGGAAGCAACGUGCAGGCCAUAGUUGCAGAGCUGCCUGUACACCGCAACAUCUGGGUAGAGUCGGUGUACUGGGUGUCCCUCUUAUCCUUCCUCUUCACCCAGACUGCCGUUGCAGGCAGCUACAUGUGCCUUUUGAAACAUCACAUCAUUGGACCUUCGCUGAAGCACUUCAAGCUGCACAAGGCCUUCGACAGAGGGCUCCUUCUGCACGCAGUUGCCGCAGCCGCCGCAUGCUUCUCCCUUCUCAAAUUGUUUUUAGGAGCUUUCCUUGGAGCUAUCGUGACUAACGCCAGGGAAAACCCCCCAGUCUGGCCCUACUACGGGCACCACCAGCGGCACCUCCAAGAGCAACAGAGGCCGCUACAGCACCGCCAGAAAAGCUCGAAACCACCCGAGACGCCUUCCAGCACAAAGCUGUCCGCUGCUGUGAGCACCAUCGCCGCAGCGGGCAGCGCAACAAGUCCAGCAGGAACAAGAGAAGUGCUACCAUCGCCACUCUCACCAGCAUCUCCCGAAAUCGCAUCAGUUACAGCACAAACAGCACCGCCAGAAGUCCUACCAGUGGCAGCAGAUGCGGCAGACGCUCGACAUCCACCACCAGCACAAGCUCCACCACCACCAGCAACAGCAGCAGCAGAAGCACCCGCAUCACCACUUGAGGAAUUUACCUCGCCCCUUUAUAAGCCGCUGCUGAUUUGUUGCUUUUGUUUGGAUGUGCCGCUGCUUCUGCUACACACCGCUGCCUUCCUGUUACUGUGGCGAAUGGCGAAGAAGGUGGGCAAGCUCUUUGGCAUGCGCAUGCCCAAGCUGCCCUUCUGA